AUGAUGCCUGGCCAGCGACUGCAAGGCUGCCGCUCCCUGCACUUGAACGAAGACAACGGCCGCUUCUUGCUGCUCGCCAUCCUCAUCCUACUGUACCUGCUGUGCGGCGCUGCGGUCUUCUCUGCCAUAGAGAGGCCCUCGGAGCUGCAGGCUCACGGCCGCUGGAACGGGACGCUCCUCAACUUCAGUGAGACCUUCAAUAUCAGCCUGCAGGACCUCAACUCCUUCCUGCGGGAGUACGAGGCUGCCAUCGCCGCUGGGAUCCGAGCUGACGCUCUGAGGCCACGAUGGGAUUUUACAGGGGCUUUUUAUUUUGUUGGAACUGUGGUCUCGACUAUAGGUUUUGGGAUGACCACUCCUGUGACGGUGGCAGGUAAGGUGUUCCUGAUCUUCUAUGGGCUUCUGGGCUGUGCCGCUACCAUCCUUUUCUUUAACCUCUUCCUGGAACGCAUCAUCACCCUGCUGGCUGUGGUGAUGAAGGCUGUGAGGGAGCGGCGAAUCAGGAACAGCGGCCUCCUCCCACCAGGCAUCCACCAUGACUUCUCAGCCUAUUCCCUCCCGGGCUGGAAGCCCUCGGUGUACCAUGUGAUGCUGAUCCUCGGACUGUCAGCCAUCACCAUCUCCUGCUGUGCUUCAGCUAUGUACACGCCAGUGGAGGGCUGGGCCUACUUGGACUCCCUCUACUUUUGCUUUGUCACCUUCAGUACCAUUGGCUUUGGGGACUUUGUGAGCAGCCAGAAUGGAGCUUAUGAAUACCAAAGCUUAUACAGGCUAGCCAACUUCCUGUUUAUGCUGAUGGGCGUGUGCUGCAUCUAUUCACUCUUCAACGUCAUCUCUAUUGUCAUUAAGCAGGUGCUCAACUGGAUGCUGCAGAAGAUGAGCUGCUUGUUUUGUCAGCGCUGUAAUAAGGCCAAUGCCUUCCUUGGCCGACGCAAUGCCAUCCGUCCAGGCUCCCGGAGCCGCAAAGGUCGGUUUGGACGGCCGCCAGACUCAGAUGGGCCUUGUGAUAGUGAUACUGAGGGACGCAGACUAUCAGGGGAGAUGAUCUCCAUGAAAGAACUCACAGCCUCCAACAAGGUGUCCCUGGCCAUCAUGCAGAAGCAGCUGUCAGAGUCUGCUAAUGGAUAUCCCAGGACAGUGUGCAGCAGCUCCUGCCAUAAUGGUUUCUCUGGAGGGGUCGGUGCACUUGGUAUCAUGAACAACAGGCUGGCAGAGACAAGUAACUCCAGGUAGAGGACUUGAGUGUUUUAGAGACAGCGGGAAAAGUCUGGGAGGUCUUUAUCCCUCCAUAACAAAGCCUGAGGUUGAUUUUCUCAGACAAAAACACGGUUGUUGAAAUGGAUUGUCAGUAUCACUCUUGUAUGCAUGAUAUGCAUGAAAUUUGGAUACUUUUGGCUGGAAGUAACAACCUGUGGUGAUGAUGAUGAUGAUGAUGAUGAUGAUGAUGAUGAUGAUGAUAAUGA